AUGGACCAUGGCGCGCAUCGCCAUUUGACGGAGGCCGCGACAUUUGCCAUCGUGAGUACUGACGAAUUUGACGAAUACAGUAAGGAAGUGGUGCAGCGAAGACAAGAGGAGCUCGAGUUGCCCAGAGACUGGGAUAUCCUGACGUGGGCGCAGCAGCAACAAGAUACAGGGGAUAAGGCCGAUAAGGCCUCGUCAAGUGGAGAGGCUGACGACGUGCAGCUUGUAAUUGGGGUCAAGACUGCCGUUCUGUCAAACUUCCCUCGUCGCCAGGCUAUUCGAGAAACUUGGGGGAGACAAGCGCCUCUGUCCAAAGUCAAGGUUUUGUUUCUUGGUUGCAAUCCCAACAUGCUUGGUAUCGACGAUGAGAGACAUCGACAGCUCUUCAGAGAUGCGGUUGCGCUAGAGAAGGCAGCAUACGGCGACUUGCUGACGGAGGAGCUGGACUGCCAAGACGCGUAUGAGCUCCUUCCCGACAAGGUGACGAAGUUUUACCACUUUGCAGCGAUAAAUUUCCCUCAAACUUCGUACGUGAUGAUCGCAGAUGAUGAUAUUUAUCUACGGGUCGAUAAACUGGUGAAGUUGCUCGACGGAUUGGAUAGCACGAAGCGCGUAUACUUGGGUCAGGCGUGGAAUUCGGUAUUCAGCAGAGCGUCGACCCCCGUUCGAGAGGAAUUUCACAAAAACUAUCUGCCAAUGGAGCAAUAUCCCAUGAGUCAGCUUCUGCCGUACGCGUUUGGGGCCCACCACGUCAUUUCAAUGGAUUGUACUCGCUUUAUUUCAAAGAACUAUUGGCGACUGCGAGGAAUGAGCGGACUGGACGACGUGAGCGUGGCGCUGUGGCUCUUGACGAUGCAAGUUCGUUUGAAACAUACCCAGACGUUCGCGCAUCUCACGACUCAGGCGUGCAAAAACACCUUAAUCUCAUUUGCCGAGUUGUCGCCGCUGGGCAUUCGAGCGAUUCACACAAACCUUCUCCGUGGGAAUGAGUUUUGCGACGACUUCGAUCGCACGGCGUCGAACGAAUAUAAGGCGCUCUCCCCGCUAGAAAUUCUGGCCACGCAGGGCUUAACAUCCUCUGCGGCCAAUUGA